GUCAUCGUGCAUGCGCGGUACAACUACCGAGGCGUCAUCGUCGGCUACGAUCCCAUCUGCUGCGCCCCAGACGAGUGGUGCCAGAUGAUGCGGGUGGACUCGCUGCCGCUGGGCCGCAACCAGCCAUUCUACGAGGUGCUGGUGGAUGAGAGGGACCGCCCAGGCGCGCAGAGCUGCUACGUGGCGCAGGAGAAUGUGAUGCCGAUGCGGGCGCCGCGCGAGGUGCGCCACCCGCUCGUGCCGCACUUCUUCUCCGCCUUCUCGCCAGAGGAGGGGGGCUACGUGCCCUCGCCGCUGCUGCGAGCGGCCUAC